AUGCCGUAUGCAAAUCAACCAACUGUUCAAGUGACUGAUCUAACUGAUGAGAAUAUUAAAUUUAUCAUUGAAAACACAGAUUUAAGUGUAGCUAAUGCAGUACGACGUGGAAUGAUCGCUGAAACGCCAACAAUAGCGAUCGACUCAGUACAGAUUGAUUCGAAUACAACAGUUCUAUUCGAUGAAUUUCUUGCACAUCGUGUUGGGCUAAUUCCAUUGUAUAGUGAAGAACUGGUAGACAAAAUGAAUUAUCAUCGAGAUUGUUUAUGCGAAGGUUUUUGUCCGCAAUGCUCUGUGGAAUUCACACUCGAUGUACGCAAUAGAGAUGAACAAACAAGAAAUGUAACAUCAGCAGAUCUCAUUACAAGUAAUCCAAAUCUGGUUCCAGUAACAUCCAAAGCGAAGAACGAUGAUGAAGGGCAAGAUCAUUUUAUCGAACAUAUUCUUAUUGUUAAACUACGGCAAGGUCAAGAGCUUCGUCUAAAAGCUCAUGCACGAAAAGGUUUUGGUAAGGAACAUGCUAAAUGGAUUCCGACUUCUGGUGUUGCAUUUGAAUAUGAUCCAGAUAAUAUACUUCGUCAUACUAUUUAUCCAGUGCCAGAAGAAUGGCCACAUUCAGAACAUACUGAAUUAGCUGAGCAUGAACAUGAAGCAGCAUUUGAUCUUAAUAAAGUUCCCAAUAAAUUCUUUUACAAUGUCGAAUCGACUGGUACACUUAAACCUGAAACAAUUGUUUUAUCUUGUUUAAAUGUUCUGAAACAAAAACUGAGUAAUUUACAAACAUUACUUAAACAUGAAACAUUAGAAGGAUUGUAA